GAGUGCACAGGCUUUGCUUUCCUCUCCCUUGGAGGUAGCUGAUCCCACAAAAAUGUGGGCAAUUCAGUGUCCAAAAAAAUAACUACACCACUCAGGCACAAGAUGAUGAUGAUGGUGAAGCAGGACCAUCCACACAAUGGCUCAAUCCCAGAAGGAGGCAUUCAGAGGAUUCUGGCAGGCAAAGACAUAUGGCCCACAAGAGACACAGGCCGGAUGUGCAUACCAGACAACACGAGUCACCGCCUCAACGAUGCAUAUCAAAUAUGUCCUCAAGGCCACCAUUCCAACUGUUGGAGAGUCUGCCAACACAGGAACCACAAUCCCCUCAGCUGACUGCCCAUACAGAUGACACCAGCAUUCCCCCGGACCACCAGCAUGACACACAUAUGGAGGAAAGCUUUGUGUUACAUCUCCAGCCAAUCGACCAAACAAUACCUACAAUACCACCUGUAACAUUAAGGGAGACCUUUUGAUUGACAUCAGUACUGGAUCCUUCAUUCAUCAUCUCUAUACAGCCAGUGGAUUUUUCAAACAGGUCCUUGUGCUGAAGUGCUCGGAGCAAUGUAUUAUGGAGCUGAACAAAUGGAUUAACACACAUACAGGAGCGUUUGAUUGGUCUCACAUAAUGGAAUAUAUUAAAUGCCUAGAAGGAAACAGUGACCAGUGUCAGGACAAAGACAUGACAUUGAAGACGGCAAUAACAAAGACUGUGAAAUGUAACAUUAACAAUGAGAAUCUCACAGACCUAGAGGUGCUCCCACCAGCAGACUGUGUCAUCAGUGUAUGUAUGCUGGAUACCAUCAGCAAAGACCAAGCUGAUUAUAUAAAGAAUCUCAGGAACUUCAUAAAGCUACUCAAACCAGAAGGAUACCUGAUAUUGGUGGGGUGUUUAAAUACAACUUAUAUGAAGAUUGGGCAGGACAAGAUACAUGUGUUCAAAUAUGAUGAGAACUUUGCAAAAAAAGUUCUCACCGGUGAAGGGUUUAUUAUUGACCACUGUGCAAUCCACAAAAGAACUGUAGAGAGUGACCUUAUUGACUAUAAGGCACUUUUGUUUAUUGCAGCUCACAGACAGUGUUAAGGCCUGAUUUAGGGACGCAUGCUAUGUUGAUUUUUGGCGCAGUUGAGCAUUUUAAUUUUACUGCACAUGCAUAUAAAUCACACUAUGCAUGAAUCCUGAUCAUGUUCAUAGUGGUUUGGAUAAGGAAGAGAGGGGCAGAUGUAUUAACAUGGA